AUGGAGAGUUCCGAACGUAAGAUGACGGAGCCCAGAUCGGACUCAACCCUGUGGGGUGGUGCUCCUCAGUACGUCUAUGUCCACUUUGAGAAGUGCACCAGUUAUGGAAUCCCGUCGGAGGCAGGGUGUGAGGCCAGGGGUACGGGGGAUGAUCUGCACUAUCUGGAGAACUCCCUCAGCCAUCCACAGCUCUAUAGGCAGUACACAGACCAGCUCUCUGACUUUGCACAGAAGGAAGCGACAAAACUACUGGGUAAGAAAGAGACCCAAGGGAACAGCCAGAGCCCCCAGAAAUGGGACAGCCAGACAGAGGUCAAAGAGGAGCGGUACUCCAAAUGCCAAGACUGUGCUAGACACAUUCAGAAAUAUGUUACCAAGAAGCUUGGAGAAGACUGGAUAUUCCUGGUUCUGUUGGGUCUGGUCAUGGCGCUGGUGAGCUGGGGAAUGGAUUAUGCCAGCGCCAAGAGUCUGCAGGGUGGGUCCCAUUCAGCUUACAAGUGGAUGUACAAGGAGCUGCACCCGAGUGUCCCUAUGCAGUACCUGGCCUGGGUUACCUACCCCCUCAUCCUCAUCCUCUUCGCUGCUGUCUUCUGCCACCUUGUCUCCCCACAGGCUGUUGGGUCUGGGAUUCCUGAGCUGAAGACAAUCAUGCGGGGAGUGGUCCUCAAGGAAUACCUCACGCUCAAAGCUUUUGUGGCCAAAGUCGUAGGCCUGACAGCUGGGCUGGGUAGUGGCAUGCCUAUAGGGAAAGAGGGUCCCUUUGUGCACAUUGCCAGCAUCUGUGCUGCUGUGCUCAGCAAGUUCAUGUCAAUCUUCUGUGGCGUGUAUGAGAAUGUGUACAGGCAGCUCGAACUCCUGGUGGCGGCUUGCGCGGUUGGAGUUGGAUGUUGCUUCGGGGCUCCUCUCGGAGGGGUGCUCUUCAGCAUUGAGGUCACUUCCACUUACUUUGCCGUGCGCAAUUACUGGCGUGGUUUCUUUGCAGCCACAUUCAGUGCCUUCAUCUUCCGAGUGCUCGCCGUGUGGAACAAGGAUGCAGUCACCAUCACGGCCUUGUUCAGAACUAACUUUCGAAUGGAUUUCCCCUUUGAUCUGCAGGAGCUGCCAGCCUUUGCUGUGAUAGGGAUCUGUUGUGGGUUCCUUGGAGCCUUUUUCGUUUACCUCAAUCGCCAGGUGGUUCUGUGUGUCCGACGGCAUACGGCUCUGAGCCAAUUUCUCACCAAAUACCACCUUGUAUACCCAGGAGUUAUAACCUUCCUGAUAGCAACAGUGACCUUCCCGCCGGGGUUCGGGCAGUUCAUGGCUGGAGAGCUGAUGCCCAGGGAAGCCAUCAGCUCCCUGUUUGAUAACUACACCUGGGCAAAGCACAUGGGGGACCCACAAAUCCUAGGGAAAUCUGCCAUCUGGAUCCACCCCAAAGCCAGUGUCUUCAUCAUCAUCCUGCUUUUCUUCGUCAUGAAGUUCUGGAUGUCUGUCGUUGCCACUACCAUGCCGAUACCUUGUGGAGGCUUCAUGCCUGUUUUUGUAUUGGGGGCUGCAUUCGGCCGUCUCAUUGGUGAAAUCAUGGCAUCACUCUUCCCUGAUGGGAUCCUCUUUGAUGGCAUCGUUUACAAAAUCUUACCUGGAGGAUACGCCGUCAUUGGCGCAGCAGCCCUGACAGGAGCAGUGAGCCACACUGUCUCCACAGCAGUGAUUUGCUUUGAGUUGACGGGUCAGAUCUCCCACAUCCUGCCCAUGAUGGUUGCCGUCAUCCUCGCCAACAUGGUGGCCCAGAGUUUGCAGCCCAGUCUCUAUGACAGCAUCAUCCAGGUGAAGAAGCUGCCUUACCUGCCUGACCUGGGCUGGAAUUACAUAAGCAAAUACAAUAUCUUUGUUGAGGAUAUUAUGGUCUGUGAUGUGAAAUACAUCUCCUCUACUUGUACAUAUCAGGACCUACAGACCCUGCUUCAGAGCACCACUGUCAAGACCUUGCCUCUGGUGGAUUCACCAGAGUCCAUGAUCCUGCUGGGCUCAGUGGAGCGGUCAGAGCUGCAGGCUCUUCUCCAGAGGCAUAUUGGCCAGGAGCGGCGCCUGCGCAUCAUCAAGGAGAUGCAGCAGAAGCUGGCUGAGGCGCCCUAUGACGGGCACAGCAAAGGCCAGUGGGCAGCCAUGCCCAGUUGGAAACGCGAAUCUUUUGCUUUUGUGGAUGAGGAUGAGGACGAAGAGGAGAAGGCUGAGCCACCUCAGCAACCCUCUCCUGCUCCCAGUCACCCUGAGGAGCCCAAUGGCCCAGUGGCGCCUCAUAAACCAAUGCCAGAAACACUGGGGCCCCAGGAAACCCCAGCCAGGAGUUUCUGGAGCUUAAGGCAGCUGAUCCAGCGGCUUUUGUGUCAUUAUAACCAGCCACCAGAGAUGGAGAGUGUUGCCCAGGAGUCUCUAGAGGUUACAGAUACAAUGAAGCCAGAGGAGAUAGAUGCUUGGGAGCAGGACGAGCUGAAUAAGGAGGUGUGCUUUGACAGCUGCCGCAUAGAUCCCUCCCCUUUUCAGCUAGUGGAGAGGACUUCCCUGCACAAGACACACACCUUGUUCUCCUUGCUGGGCCUCAGCCAUGCCUAUGUGACCAGUAAGGGGAAGCUGAAGGGAGUGCUGGCUUUGGAAGAGCUCCAGAAGGCAAUUGAGGGCUCCACAUGCUCUGGUGUCCGCCUCCGUCCGCCCCUCGCCAGCUUCCGUGACACCAACAGGACCUCAGUCAGCAAUGACCAGAGUAGCCAGGUUUCACAGGUGUGGAGCCGGCAGGACAGCUGUGUGGUGCCUGUGAGAGGAGCUGCAGACUCAGGGAUGGGGAGCCCACUGCCCUCCAGCUCCCCUUCCCCACAGCCUACGCCCUUCCCUGAGGAGGGGAAGGGGCUGCGCUCUGUCUCAGCUGCUGACGCUGAGCUGGAGGAGAUGGAGCUGUCUGGCCCCGCUGCUGAGAACAUCUCAGACAUCCUCAAGGAUCUGAGCCUGCGCUCCACGGACCUGGAGGAGGAGGAUGAAGAGGAUGUGCCCCUAUAACCGGUGGGAGGAGGGGAUGUCCCACUCCACUCCCAUCAGCGAGCCAGCCCUGCUACACAUGCUCCUCAGGGAGAGGCCUGGGGACUCUCUCGCCAGUGCUCCAGCAUCCGCAGUAGCUUAGUUGGGGGAGGAGUCACAGGACUGCCCUUCUGUCUGCUGCCCUCACUGCCUGGAGUGUUGUGCUACCUGGGAAAGAUGGAGGUGCGUGUGUGAGAGGGGGGAGAUGGACUCCCCCAGGUGGCAAGGGGGCUGCUGGGAUUAAGACCCUUACUCUUUCUUUACCAGCACUCAUGGUAAGCAUAUGGGGGAGAGGCAGCAGGAACCGUAAUGAGGCAUGGACACCACCUGCUGCAGGGGCAGAUGGUCUGGAUAGAUUGUGCCACUGUGAGAGAGUGGUGGGGAGCAGAUGGGGGCCACAGCCCUUCCUCUUCUCCAUUCCCCAAACACCCUGCAGAACAGUAUGACUUUCUCUGCUUCUCCCGCCCUCCCAACAGUUCCUGCAGGAACCUCCCCACAACCCAGGAUUUCUGACUAGUGAAAAUUCGCAGGGCCAGGAGGAUUGUGCAGGCAAUGAGAGGGGAGAGGGCAAGACCCCUGAGCACCGUCCUGUACAAUCCACCCAGCCACAGCUGUAUCCCCUGAGAUUGUGGGUUGAGCCAGCCUGGCACCUAGAGACACCCAGCAUCCCUGGGGUAAUAAUAGCUUUAUAAACAGUGGCUCAUUUAUUAGCAUGACACUCUUUCCUGUAGUUCCUAAGGGUGGUCACCAUCUUCCCAGACACCUCACAAGCACACGCUGCCCACACUUGUAUCCUAGAAGCAACUUUCUGUCUCAGAAUCCCAGCACCCCAUGCCCCUGCAGCCCCUUCAGGCCUCUCUCCCAUCCUGUGCACCAAGAACAUUCUUGUCCAGAAACACUGGGUCUUGUUCUGGAUUCUCCCUCUAUUAUUUUUCUUGGUAGAAGGAAUGCUGGGGGCUUCUCCUGGGCCUGCCAGCACUGCCACGAAGAGGGAGGUUUCUUACUGCUCCCAUAAGCAUGAUUGGGAGGGAGGAAAGGCUGCCUGAUCUGUGUCACUGUUCUUUAAUAUACUCAGGACUUUAAAAAAGAAUUGGACGGGAGGAAUCGUUGCUUUCCGGUUGGCUCACUGAAGUCUUUAAGCAGAAUGGCCAAGAUUGGAGUGGGUUGGGCAGAGGUCACAAAGGCAUGGGCAAAUGGCAGUAAGACUGUAUAUAUAUUUCUGUCUUUCAGAUAUUCAUGUGUUUGUUUCUGAACCACUAUCAGCAAUUUCUAUGAAGUUAUAGUCUUAAAAUAUAAGAUCACCCGCAGGCUGAUGAGAGAGAAAUGAGAAAUGGCAGAGAGAAGCCACUCCCCUGCCUUCCCCUUUGCUAGCACGGGAAGGUCCCUGUCUUUAAACACUGCUCUCUCCUGCUACUCCAGGAGUGGGUACCCUCCACACAUCUCUGCCAAUACAGCUCAAUUGUAACUUGCAGCACCCUUUACUAUUCCAAUUCCAUCUUCACCUGUGUCCGGAGGAGAGACACUGCAGCAGCUUGGUGCAUGCAUGUGACACCCUCAUUCUGGGAGAUGAGAGACUGCCAGGCUAACUCACUAUCCCUGCCAGGUUUUCUCAGUACAAUGGCAAAAUUCAAUGCUUUAGGGUCUGCAGAUUUCCCCAGCCAUUGUGCAGCUUUUACUGUCAAAUUUUCAUAAAAGAAACCAGGUAGCAGUCCCUGGAGCUCUGCCAGACACAAUCCCACUCAUCAGGCUGUGAGGAGAGGAGAUCCCAGGAACUUUAUGGUAUGUCCUGAUGCCUGGCCAGGUGCACCUCCUCGAGCUGGCUGCCUGGAGACUAUGACAAAGCCAGAGGCAGCAUGUUUUGCAGUUCCUGCCCUGUUCUCUGUUUUGGGAGACAUCUCAGAGACAACUGGGAGACAUCAACUAUGUUGGGUUUGCCAAGCUUAUUUAAGCAGAUGGUUCCCCUGCAGUGUUCCAGAGGCAGGUAAAAUCCUGGGGCAUCUGCCAGUAUACUAGUGAGAAUUCCUCCUUGGCCUCAAUUCUAGCAAUUAGGCUUGUACAUGUAAACAAGAACCCUUUCUGAAGCUGGGGGUCUCCGUUGUGACCUGACCUGGCCUGUGUUCAGCUGGGGGCAGUUAUGUUGGGGAAGAAAGGGUUUGAUUUAAUUCCCUGGCAAUCCCAGGGUCCCUGCCCUGCUCAUCCUUCCCUCUGCAUUGGAAUCUCUGCGUUCUAUGUCUGUCCCUCCCCUUUGGGGACAGAUGCUUUCUUUCAUGCUCUUUUUUGAGCUGGUGUUUAUUUUUUCCAGUUUUACGUAGAGGCAACAUAAUUUUAAGACUAACACAAGUAAAUAGAAGGGGGGUGGCAGCCUCAUGGCAGCAGCCCAAUUCACAGGGACUGCCCCUCCCCCACGCAGCAGUGCUCAGACAGGCCCUAUCUCCUCCCUGCCCUCAUGGGGGGAGAACAGAGUAGCCACUCUUUUUUUCUCUUUUUCUUAAAGUUUUAAAGCAUGGGGAAGUGGGAAAGAAAGAAAACA